CGAGUACACUUUUUAAAAAAACGAACUGUAAAUUCAAGCAAUUUUGUUUCAAUAUUAUUCAUCAUUUCCAACAAUUCCAUCAGAAAUAAAUCAUCAAAUAAGGCAACGAAUCAAAAUAAAAAAAAGUUAAAAACACUAGUAUUACACCGAUCUUAAAAAAGAAAACGCUAUUUUACGCUAGGGAGAAAUGUAAAUACGAAACCUAACCUCACUUAAAUUUUCCCAUGCUUUUUGUUUUGUGUGUGUUUAUAUAUUUGUAUUUUGUAUUUUUCUUAUAUUUUGAGAAUGGUUAAGCCACAGGUUACUUAAAAAUAAUAUUAUCAGUUAGUUUUGCUACAUGAAAAUCAAAUAAAACAAUAAAUUCGCCGUGUAUUUAAGAAUUUCCAAGUAGUUUCAUUUUGUAGUUUUGUGCAGUGUGGCACAAUGUCUACGUCUCUAGCAACCCAACUACAGAAUCUAGCUGUACCGGCUUCCAGUGUAUUCAAAAAUGACAAGAAACGCACCACCCUUCUCUUCGACCCCAAAGAGGCUGCUGCCAUCAGCGGUGAAGUUAUCUACGAAAUCGGUUUGGAAGGUUUGGAGCAGCUGAUUUUAAAAAAUGAAGAUUUUGAGCAAUUUAAGCUGUCCCUGUUCCAUGGUUCAUCAAAAGAUUUCGACAGAAAUGUUCAAAGCAAAGAGGACAAUAGCAAAGUCAAUAAGACUGUUAAGAAGUUUCUCGCUUUGCUAGCACCGUAUGUUUUAUUGAAUCCUGCUCAUAAAGCAUUAGAAUGGCUAUUUCAUAGAUACACCAUAAACGAACAUAAUCGGCAAGAUUUGAUUAUGGCAUUUUUGCCCUAUUAUAAUUCAAAUAUUUUUUCGAGAUUGAUACAAACAUUGAAGUUUAAAGACACUAACGAUCCGUUUUGUUUUCUGAAAACCGUUCAAAAGUCUGGCAUGCAUUUGCAAAGAUUGGAUUUGUUUUAUCAAGCCCUGUCAAAUGGCAGCAUCAUGAAAUAUUUGACUAAAUUUAUGAACCAAGUAAUUAGUGCCCAUAGUAAAAACUAUAAUGCUUUGGCCACCCUGUUCAACUUUUACUCAACAGUUUUUUGCGGGGCUAUUGAAUUUGCCAAUGAACUUACUGAGCCUUUUAUAACCCAAAUGCUCCCCCUACUUUUAAAGGGGCUCAACUCGCCUAUUCCAGACUUUACUGCAGCUUCUUACGUAAUUACAGCCAGGCUACUAUCCAAAGGACAAUUAACAGAUAAAUUACUAAACACUUUUGUGGAAAAAGUAUCCGAGUUGAGCUGCAGCUCUUUGAAACUGGAAGCCACUUUGUUGCUGGUUUUAAUCUAUCAGUUGCAGAAGCAAUAUGAAAAUUUGCCUCAAGAAGCUUUGAUUAAUUUGGCUAAAACCAGUUGGGUGGUUGAAUGCUUGGGAUAUUUGCACGAAAAUGGAAACUGCGUUUAUGGGUUUUUGAAAGUUUUGCUGCAAAAGGCUAUUUGUGGAGGAGUGCAAAAGGAUGAAGCUUUGUGUAGGAAAUUGGUGGCGGAACUUGUUGAAGUGAUUGAAUUCGAUGGAGAAUUUUUGAGGAUGUUUUUAUGUUUUUUAUUGAACACCGUAGACGAAACAACCAUACAAAACCAUCAACUAAACAACUGGCUUUGUCUCGUCGUCAAAAAUCUGGAAUCAAAAAGCUCUUCUACCCUAGAUUUAGCAGUCAGUGAUCUUCUAAAAGACAAAACCACCACUCCGUCAAAAAAGGCAAUUGCAAAACUAAUUUUUGGUAAAGUCAGCGAUUCUUAUGCAACAAAAUUCAAAAUACUAGACGAUUUGUACGAAGAAAAAGGUCCUGUAAAAGCAGAAAUGCUUAAAUCUAUUGCUGGAUUAAUUGGCAAGUUGAAACCGUCAGAUCAGUAUCUUUUCAGCAAUGUACUGUGUGAGAAACUUGGCAGUGAAGAUCCAAUUGUUGUGGAGAGUACACUGGAGCUUAUAAAUAGUGCUGAUAUUGCUGACAUGCACUUAAUAAAAAUGAGCUUUGUUGAAUUAUUCAAAAGCGACAAACUUCCUAAAAAAGAGUGGCAGAAAUCCUAUAUUCUUGCUACCAAAUUCCUACUUAAGCAAGAAGAAUUCAAUUGGGAAACAUUCAUUUUAAUAUUUCCUGUUUUAAUGUUUUACAACAAAAAGGAGUUAUUUAAAUUGAAGUUUUUUAAUAAUACUUUAUUUGAAAAUUUUAAUAAAAACAAGGAUGACAUAGUUGAAUUGCUAAAACACAUAAACACUAAAACAACUAAAGAAAUAUUUGAAAAAAUACCUUUGGACCCUGAAGCGAAUCGUAUAAACCAAUACAGCUCAAUAAUAAUUAUGUCUCACAUAAUUCCUGAUAUAACUUGCCUGAACCAAACAAUCUUCAACAUAUUUGGCAAUUUAUUGAAACCAAAUAAUGACAAAAGUUUAUUGGAAAAAGCCCUGGGCAAAAUAGUGUCUUUAAAACAAUGCCUCCAGCUGAUUAUAAUGAAACUAGUUGAUAAAAAUCUAGAUUGGGCAACAAUGGAUUUUAUAAGCAACAAUAAAUACACUCUUUUAGUGAGCCAAUUAAGUGUAUUGGCGUUUAGUAACAAUGGAAGCAAAAUUGAAAGUGUUUUCAAUAAAUUUUUGAAUCAUAUUUCUUCAGAUAUGGCCCUUAAGAGAAAUGUUUCCUUGAAUGUGUGUGUUUCUGGAAUAAUAAGUGAGGCAAUUGUAAUAAAUCUUAUGAAAUUUACCCAAGACAAGCUAGUUGAUGAAACUUCAGACAAAAUCACUUUCCAGUAUUUAUUAGCUUUACUUAACAAUCCAAGCAAAAAUAUAAGAAUCCAGGCUUUUGAUUUAGCUGAAAGUUUAUUGAAGCAAUCCAAAAACACAUUUUUACGAGAUUUAUUAAAAUACAAAGAAGAAAUAAUAGUAGACCAUCAACAAAUGGCCUUAACAUGCCACAGUUUGAUGGGUAUCAAAAAUUCUAGUGUUUUGGCUGAUUUACUAAAAGCGACUUGCUCAAAAGACAUUCCCAUUUACACCAAAGCAAAUAUUGUUAAGGUUUUAACACAUAUAAAUUCCUAUGAGAUGUGUGAGAAAUUUUGCAAGCACUUUUUGGAGCUUUUUGCAAACAAGUUGCAAUUUAACGAGCUGGAAACUGAAAUAAUCACCAACCUAAUUGAUAGGUUUGAUUUGAAAAUUAUGCCUCAAACAACUUUAACUAGCAGCAUUUGGAAGUUUGUUAAUUUUGUUUUGAAAACAAACAAAAUCGUGACAAUUAAUUCAGAAAAGGUCUAUUUGCCUAAUAUACUUUUGAAUCAACUAUCUAAAGACAUUUAUGGGGUUCUUAGGGAAGAUGUUUUGGAAAAGCUGCUGGACAUUAUAUGCGAAAUUGCUGUUUUAUCUGAAGACCCUGAGGCCGUUUCUUCGGCUAAUAAAAUAUUCAAGCAUAUGGACUUGAAUGCUAAACUUAUAUCAAAUUUACUUAAAAAUAUGGCUGAAGUACAAUCCAUCAGAGCCUCCUCAACAAAAAGACGCAUCAACGUUGUGCCUACUGCUGAUAUUUUAGACACAAUGCAAUGGAAAAAAGGCAUUUGUGCUCUGGAAUUCAUUCAAGGCAAAAAGAAAAUUAGAAAUGGACAUUGUUUAUUGCCUUUGUUGUUUGAUAUUUUGAAAAAGUGUUUGGAUUUUGAAGAACAAGCUGCUGUAGAGUAUCCCAAACAGCUUACACUGUCUUUAAUUUUGCUGGUUUGUACUAAGCUAGAAGAUGAGGAAAUUUCUGAGAAGGAUUUCAAUAUUGAAUUAGUUAUUCAGUGUAUAAGGGCAUCACAAAAUCCCCAAACUCAUUAUCAUGCCUUAUUAGCUCUAGCCCACGCAGCUAAAUUCGUACCAAACGAAGUUCUACAUCACGUAAUGGCUGUGUUCACAUUCAUGGGCUCAACAUUAAUCAGACACGACGAUGCUUACAGUUUCGAGAUUAUAUCGAAAAUUGUCGACACAAUUGUACCUAUUUUGGUAAGCGGAAAUCAGAUUUCGAAAAUUGUAGAUGUUUUGAGAGUUUUCGUUGGUGCUUUGCUCGACGUCCCAGAACACAGGAGGAUUCCGUUGUACUCGAAACUAUUGAACAAUAUUAAUACUAAGGCUAAUUUUCAUUUGUUUUUGUUGCUGGUCUUGGAAGCUGAAGUUUUUCAGAGUGCCAGGGAAAAGAAGAAAAUUGAAAAAGGUUCAACAUCACAAAGAAUCAAAAUAGCCCUCAACCUCUGUCAAGAAUUUUCACCGGAAAUCACCUUACGCGCCUGCGUCCUCUUGUCCAAAUACGUCAACGAGCUACCAGACGAAAAAGAUGAUGUUACUAUGCGAACCGACAAAGUCCUAAUAAACCUCUCAAAUUACAACGCCAAACAAUUCCGCCACUACAAAUACAUUAUUAUUACGUUUUUGUCGAAUUUGCUAUCAUCGAAAAUAUUUGUUAAUAAGGUGUCAGUGCUCACCAAUACAGAAAACAUCCAAAUGGAGCCGUUAUAUAAGGAGCUUAUUAUAAAUGUUUUGGCUUACAUACAAAGAAUCCAAAAAAUAUGUGAUAAAUCAGCUACUGGCCCUCAAUCCCUGUAUUGGAAAACUGUACUAUAUCACAGCUAUGACCUUUUGGAUAGCGUUAACGACCUAUUAACUCCGCACAUGUUUUUGUUGGUAAUCAACGGACUUUUAGCUCACAGCAUCCUAACAGUCAAAAAAAGAGCUUUGGAAUUAUUGAACAACAAAUUACAAUAUAAUUUGAAUGGGUUCAGUAUUAAUGACACAAACGAAUUGUGUAUUUUAAUCAAACCUAUUAUUUUGAUUAUUGAAUUUAUCGAACAAGAUAAUCUGCAAGGAGAUCAAGAAACUUUAAUCCAAACCGCAUUGUUAUCUUUGAAACUAAUUGUGAAAACCCUCGGACCUGAGGACCCAGAAAAAUUCGUACAGAUUUUAGAUUUUGUUGCCAGUAUUCUAAAUUCUGGUAAAGCUAAGGACAAUGUUCUAGCAUCAGUGAUUCUAUGCCUUGCCGAACUAUGCAUAGUUUUACGAGGACAUGGUAUUUCGAGCCUAAACUCAUUCAUGCCUGCGUUUUUGAGAAUAUUGAAGAGCCAAAAACACCAAGAAACUACUAGCAUGCUUCUGCUCAGCGUUGUUACUACAAUAAAUAAAUUGCUGGAUAGUUUUGCAGCAUUUUUGAGCCCUUAUUUAACGAAGCUUAUAUGUGAAACAUCGAUUUUGAUGAGUAAAUGGAAUUGUUUGGAAGAUGAUCCCAAAUCACAAGCUUUAGUUACAAGAUUGAAUGGAAUUAAAAAAAAACUGAGUGUUGCAAUACCAGCAAGGAUUCUAAUACCCACCAUUGAGGAGUGUUAUAAUGUUUUGUCUGCUAAAAAAUACUAUAAUGCUUUGGUUGCUCUAGCGGACAUUAUGGAAGAACAACUUGGAAGCUUGCAGUUUUCAGAUAUCAGUCCAAAUAUGAACGAACUUAAUAAGUUCUUUUUUAAAACUUUACAAUUCCGUUGCGAUAGUGAUGUAUCGUUGGAAAUUGCCAAUUUGGUUGAAGAUAAAGCAGUGAAAACUUUAACGGUGUUUAUUUUGAAGUUAUCUGAGAGCACUUUUAGGCCUUUUUAUUUGAAACUGUACGAUUGGGCUGUUAGGAAUAAUACGAAAAACCCUGAGAGGUUGAUAACGUUUUAUCACUUGUCCGAAUAUAUUGGCCAGUCAUUGAAGGGACUAUUUGUUUUGUUUGCUGGCAAUAUUUUAAAUAAUUUAGCAGAGAUUUUGCGUACAAUUAACUCACAGAAGCAAUAUUUUGAGGACCAAAACAAAACACUUUUAUUGUUGAAGUUUGUCUUGAAAACACUGCAAGUUAUUUUUACUUAUGAUAACAAAAAGCUUAUGAAUAGAGACAGGUUUGAGCUGCUUAUGCAGCCUUUGGUUGACUUACUGGAAAAUUAUAAUAUUGAUGGAAAUAUGGCAGAAUUAGUUAAACGCAACGAGCAACUAAUAACGCCUACAAUAGUCCAAUUUUCUUUGGCAGUAGCCGAUGACGCUUUAUGGAAAGAAAUGAACUAUCAAAUAUUACUAAAAAUGCGCAAUCCCAAUCCAGACAUCCGGCUGAUAGCUUUGCAUUGUCUUACAGAAGUAGUGGCGAAAUUGCGCGAAGACUUUUUGCCUUUGUUACCAGAAACUAUACCGUUUUUGGCUGAAUUAUUGGAAGAUGAAGACGAGAGAGUGGAGAAAUCUUGUCAGAAAGCUAUAAGGGAAAUGGAGAAGGUUCUAGGGGAACCUUUGCAGAAGUACUUUUAGGUUUUAGGAAUUAAAAAUGACUUAAUAAAGUGUUUGUUUUUUUUUGAUUUGGGUGUUUUAAAUUUGAGUUUGUUUGCCAUGAGGCCCAAAUUGGUGGGUGGAAAUCUGCUUCUUUCUGCAAGGGAAAAUAGGAUAUUCCAGAUAUAAGGUGAAAUGUAGCCUUGUGUUUCAAGAAAUAAUAUGAAAAAUGUUUUUUUUUUUUUUUUUGUAUUUUUAUAUCAGAAAAUACAUUUUUAAUAUAAUAGAUAAAUUAACAUUAGAUAAAUUCGAGUAUAAAUUAUUGUAACAAGAUAAAAUAACAGCUUAUAAAAUGAGUUUUUGAGCGUUAAAAAAAAAGCACAUAAUAAAAUAUCUAUAGUUUACUUUUGAGCACAUUUUCUUUCCAAUUUGUGAUAUCUUGCCACCAACUGGGUCUGGCCAUUGCAUAUGGAGAUCUGAACAUUGCAG